AUGAAGGCUAGAAUUAAAGAAUGGGAAAAUGUUGAAAGUAGAGGAACACCAUCGAGGAUAUUUGUUCAGGAGAAGUAUGGCUAUAUAGAAACUUACACAUGCCCAAAUGGAAUUUCUGCAGUAGUGAUUCCACAAAAUAUACCUUAUGAACUUGUUGAAAGUACAAUCAAUAAGAAGAUUGCAAAAGGAUCGGUGUUUAUUAUUGCAAGUGGCAAUCAAAUUUGCUUUCCAUUCGACUUUAUCAUAAAGGAAAUCCCAGAAUCCAAACAGAUGGAGUAUGUGGCAAUCAUACAAAAAUCAAGUUGA